UGGCGGCGGGUUAGUUUGGCGCACUCAGCUGCUCCGUCGUCGGCUCCACUCACCUCAGCGCAGUCCCCCGGGGGCCAGCGAGCCGAGCCGGGCCGGGCUGGACCGGACCCGCGGGAUCUGGCCAGACACGCAGCGGUCACGGCUUUUCUUCUCUUCGGCGGACGCUUUCCGACGAACCCUACAUGGAGGAGCACCCCGGCGGAGGAGCCGCCGGACCUCCGCCGCUGCCCCAGCAGCAGCAGCAGCAGCAGCUCCCGCUCGGGGGAGCCGGAGGAGCUCACCCGGCCGUCGGCGGCGGACCGGGGACGCUGCUGGGGCCGCAGCAGAGCGACGACCUGCCGCGGCCCCAGCAGCAGUACACUAUCCCGGGCGUCCUGCACUACAUCCAGCACGAGUGGGCCCGCUUCGAGAUGGAGCGGGCCCACUGGGAGGUGGAGCGGGCCGAGCUGCAGGCGAGGAUAGCCUUCCUCCAGGGUGAGAGGAAAGGUCAAGAGAACUUGAAGAAUGACCUGGUCAGAAGAAUCAAGAUGUUGGAGUUUGCUCUCAAGCAAGAGAGAGCCAAGUAUCACAAGUUGAAAUAUGGAACGGAGUUGAACCAAGGUGACUUGAAGCUGCCCAGCUUUGAGCCAGACGCCAAAGACUCGGACGUGUCCGCGCUUCCCCCCAACAGUCAGUUGACGUGGAAACAAGGACGACAGCUCCUGAGACAGUACCUCCAGGAAGUGGGCUACACGGACACCAUCUUGGACGUGCGCACGCAGCGGGUGCGCUCGCUGCUGGGCUUGAACGCGUCCGAGCAGAACGGCUCACUGGACAAGAAGAAGAAGAACCUCCAGCAGCUCAUCAACGGCAACGACGCCAAACGCACUCCGGGUGACGUUCUGGAGACGUUCAACUUCCUGGAGAACGCCGAGGACAGCGACGAGGACGAGGAUGAGGACGGAGAGCUGAUGGAUGACAUCGGCGACGACGUCAGACAUCUGCGAAAACACAAGAACAAGGUGGGCAACGAGGGCCUGGCAUCGGAGGACGACGACGCGGACACGGAGGAGGCGUUGAAGGAAUUUGACUUUUUGGUGACAGCGGAGGACGGCGAAGGCGCCGGCGAGGCCCGGAGCUCCGGAGACGGGACAGAGUGGGUAGCCGAGCCGCUGCCGUUUGCGCCCGGCGGGGGGAAGAACUUCCUGAUGGGCGGUGCUGACCACGUGCUGGAGAGCGUGCUGGGAUUGGGCGAUUUGGCCGACCUCACCGUCACCAACGAUGACGUCGACUUCAACUAUGACCUGUUGUCCAACCAGGAGUCGUCGUCGUCGUUCCGGAAGACGUGGAACCCCAAGUACACGCUGCGGAGCCACUUUGACGGCGUGCGGGCCCUGGCCUUCCACCCGGCGGAGCCGUGCCUGCUCACCGUGUCCGAGGACCACACGCUCAAGCUGUGGAACCUCACCAAGACCGUCGCAGCCAAAAAUAGAAGUGCCUCGUUGGACGUGGAGCCGGUCUACACCUUCAGAGCUCACGUCGGCCCCGUGCUGUCGCUGGCCGUGACGUCGAGCGGCGAGCAGUGCUUCAGCGGCGGCGUGGAUGCCACCAUCCAGUGGUGGAACGUUCCCAGCUCCAACGUGGACCCCUACGACACGUACGACGCCAGCACGCUCGCCGGCACGUGGACGGGCCACACGGACGCCGUGUGGGGUUUGGCGUACAGCGGCGUCAAGAACCGCCUCCUCUCCUGCUCGGCCGACGGGACGAUCAAACUGUGGAACCCCUGCGAGGGGAACCCCUGCAUCAGCACUUUCAACACCGCCGUAGAGCACGGCGUCCCGACGUCGGUGGACUUCAACGGCUGCGACCCCGCCCGCGUGACGGCGUCGUUCGACGGCGGGGACGUGGCGGUCUACGACCUGGAGACGUCCCAGAGCGUGCUGGUGCUCAAGGGCCAGGGCGAAGGAAGCCGACCGGGCUGCCAUCACAUCUACAAGGUGGCGAGCCAUCCCACGCUGCCCGUCACCAUCACGGCGCACGAGGACAGAAACAUCAAGUUUUUCGACAACAAGUCAGGUAAGAUGAUCCACGCCAUGGUUGCCCACCUGGACGCCGUCACCAGCCUGGCAGUGGAUCCGAACGGGAUCUACUUGAUGUCUGGAAGUCACGACUGCUCGCUGCGCUUGUGGAAUCUGGACUCGAAGACGUGCGUACAAGAGAUUACAGCGCACCGCAAGAAGAGCGACGAGGCCAUCUACGACGUGACCUUUCACCCCUCCAAGGCCUACAUCGCCUCGGCCGGCGCCGACGCCCUCGCCAGGGUCUACGUGUAGGCCGACCCCAACGCCGGACGACAGCUGACCGAGGAAAUGAUCGGUUCAGAUGACACUAAAGCCCCUCCUCCUACGCCGCCCGUCCCGCCGAUCGUCCAAACGGCGUCCGGUCCCGUCGCUCGGUGCUCCUCAGGCUUUCUCCGCUGAAGCUUCCGGAUCACGACGGCGAAUUAAAACGUACGGACCAGAUCGAUCCUAAUCGGUCGGGAUAGAAUUCAGGACCGCACUCGUCCAAGCGGAAAGUUUUGGGUUUUUUUUUUUUUUUGACGUCCACGCGAUGACAUCACUGCGACGUUUGAUCCGAUCGGCCGCGACGGGACUCAGGACCGCGACCGCAGCCGGCCAAUCGCAGUUCUCCGUUCACUCGCUAAUGUCACGAGCGUGCGGACGGUUUUGAUGUUUGCUUUGAAUUCUUUUCACUGUUCCUGAAGUUACCGAUUCUGAUUGGUCCGGCUGGGAUUCAGAACCUGCGUCAUGCGGCGAGCGACCAAUCACACGUCUCUGCUGAGUCACGCAAACGUCAGGAUCGGUCCUGAUUGGUUUGGGCCGUGGGACUUCAGUGGCUCAUCGGAAGUUUCUGCUCAGUCGUUGAUAUCAUGAGUGUUGAUAGAUUUUUUUUUUUUUUUUUAACAUUUAAAAAAAAAAAAAUUGUCAAAUGUUUCGCCAUCUACUUCCUGUUCCUGAGGUUUUGUGAUGACCAAAUCCAGGAAAUAACUGCCAACGCAUUUUAUUUAUUUGAUUGAGUUUUCCCAACAAGCCUCACAUCCCUCUUGCUGAUUGGUUGACUGCACAGCAUUGGAUCUGGGGGGCGGAGCCACAUCCUUCACUGCCACCAUUGGGAGUGGGGAGGGGAAAAAAAAAAAAAAAAAACAAUCAGAAGCCUCCUGGAGCCCACGCCGCCUCCCAAUUGGCUGUCGGGGUGGCGAGCGGCUGGCGUUUACCACAUGACGUGUUACUUCCUGUUGGUGUCCUGCAUGAUUACCACAAUUAAAGUAUUUUUUCUAGUCUUCCAA